AUGGCUCGCCUUGCCGACCUUCCGACCGAGAUCGAGCUCCAGAUCGCGGCAUAUAUCUCCUCCAAAGAUCUUGCGUCCUAUGCACGCGUCGGCAAAGCCCAAGCCAAGGUCGCACACGAGCAUCUAUACUCCGCACCGAUGAUCCAACAGCCAGAUGAGGGCCAUCGCCUCAUAUUGUUGCUACGCACGCUCUUCGCUCAACCUCAGCGCCUCAACAGCAUACGCUCAAUAUCGCUCGCUGUCGUGAACUGCACCGUGCCCUCCGACAUCAUUUCGACAGCGGACGAGGCUGAAGCCGAACGCAUCGAUUGGGAUAUGACUUCAGGUCGCCCUGAUAUUGUGGUCGAUAAGGUUCUUGACAGCCCCCAUUGUCUGGAAUACAGGGAUAUUCAAGAGCAGCUCGUCUUCCGCCUCAAACGAAUUAUGGGAACCCACGUGUCCGAACAGCAUUGGUUCUCGGAUGUUGUGAGGUGGCGCUCUGCAGCCCUCUACGGCGGAUUGCUCAGGCUCCUGCCUAAUCUAGAGCGGCUGGAGCUUGAAUGCUACACCAAGCAGCAUGGAGGAACGUAUCUGUCUCUAGAUCUGACAGAUGUCACGUUCACACGAAGGCUCUUGGGUAUCACGCCGUGUCACGAUGACGUAGACCCGCACUCAACUGCUACCCAAUUUGAAGACCUUACGACUCGGUGA